CCCGCCCUGCCCCCGCGCCCCACCAGCGCUGCCCCGGGCACCCACCUACCCAGAUACCUUCCUCUCUGGUCCGGAGAGGAGGCGGGCGACGGAGUGCGGGUGCUGCUGGGCAGCGGGUGGUGGGUGCCCCGUCGCCUCCUGGGGUGACCGGCUGCGGGGUUGGGGGAGCCGGCGGGGCGGCCCGGGGCUGCGACCGCCCUUUUCCGCGCCGUGCGCCCGCUUCUCCGCGGCUCUUUGUGGGGGCUGAGGCUUGGGCCUUCUCGGCUGAUCCCCGCACAGCGUUCCGCUCGCCCCGACCCGAUCCAGGCGUGCACCAUGCGCCGGGAGAGUGACUGCUCGGAGGAGAAGGCGCCCGCCAAUGGGGACGGAGCCGCUGAGAGCGCCAUGCGGGCCCGCAAGAGGAAAGCUGAUGUGGCUACGUUCUUGCAGGAUCCUGAUGAAGAAGUUGCAAAUAUGGAGCUGACUAGAAAAAAGCAGUGUGAAAAUCAGCCAUCAUGGAAUACUGAUCCCAAAAAUGCCCAUAUGCUGAUUCCUACUCCAGAUAAAGAUGAUGAUCCAGUUGGUGUUGAUUACUCUCAGUUUCCACACCUAAGUCUUGUUCGAACUAGAGUUUCACCAUUACCAGUUCUUGGCUGGGCAAACAGAGAUGAUGUAUGGAAAAACAUGAUGAAAAAAGAGGAGACGUAUGUGAGGGAUAAAUUUUAUAUGCAAAGGCACCCUCUCCUGCAACCUAAAAUGAGAGCAAUCCUUCUAGACUGGCUAAUGGAGGUUUGUGAAGUCUACAAGCUUCAUAGAGAAACUUUUUAUUUAGCACAAGACUUCUUUGAUCGGUUUAUGGCAACACAACAUGAUGUUGUAAAAACACUAUUGCAGCUUAUUGGUAUCUCUUCUUUAUUCAUAGCAGCAAAGCUUGAGGAAAUUUAUCCACCAAAGUUGCACCAGUUUGCCUAUGUCACAGAUGGGGCUUGUACAGAAGAUGAAAUCCUCAGUAUGGAAUUGCUCAUUAUGAAGGCUCUCAACUGGAACUUAAGUCCACUAACAGUUGUAUCGUGGCUGAACAUUUACCUGCAAAUUGCAUAUUUAAACAAGCUUUAUGAGGUAUUGCUGCCACAAUAUCCACAGCAAAUAUUUGUACAAAUAGCGGAGCUCUUGGAUCUCUGUCUGCUGGAUAUUGGCUGCUUGGAAUAUACAUAUGGAGUACUUGCGGCUUCUGCUUUGUAUCACUUCUCCUCAUCUGAGCUAAUGCAGAAAGUUACAGGUUAUGAAUGGUGUGAGGUAGAAGAAUGUGUAAAAUGGAUGGUUCCGUUUGCAAUGGCGAUAAGGGAAGUUGGAAGCUCCAGACUCAAACACUUUAGAGGUGUAGCUCCUGAAGACAUGCACAAUAUACAGACACACAUAAAUGGCUUGGAUUUGCUGGACAAAGCUCAAGCAAAUAAAGCCAUGUUGUCUGAGCAGAAUAGAACUUCACCUUUCCCCACUGGUGUCCUUACACCACCACAAAGUAGUAAGAAACAGUCUUCUGGACCAAAGCCAAUAUGACUUUAGAAACAGUUAACAGAGUGUUGCUGAAGUGCCUAUUCUGCUGGUUCUAACUCCUGCUCCAUUAUGGACAUGCUGUCAGUGAAGUUCAUAAGCCUUUUUAGAAUCUGAAAAAGAAAUCUUACCUUUUUUCAUGACAGAAGAUAUCUUCUAUUUUAAAUAUUUUUAUUGAACAUCAAAAUCUUCUAAAGAAGUGGAUCAAGUAUACCAGCCGCUUAAAAGAACACCGAAGAGUGCUCCAAAUGCUGCUACAGAGGGUGAUGCUUGAUGUGACCAACUGUUCAGGAAAAGGGUUUGAAGUUUAGAUUAGUUACUGUGCCGGUUUGUCCGUUGGAUAAUCUGCAUUCAGACUGUCCCCUGUUGACAAACAGGCAGAAAGUGCUGUGGAAGACAAUGUUUCAAAGCCUCUUUCAAAUGGUUGGCUUGCAACUUGAUGCCUUUUAAAAACUCUUUAUUGUAAAUGCUGCUAUGUCUCUAUCCAUUUAGAAUAAAAAUGCUGUCUAAGACAGCUAGUUUUAUGUAUAUUCCUAUUUUUCUUUUAAUUAUGGUCAGCUAAGGUUUUUCAGAUUGUGACCACUAGUAGUGUGGGAGUUGGGGAUCAAUAAUGUAGUAACUGUCUCUUUAUUUAUUUACCACUACUGCUUAUCAAUUAAAACUUCCUUUUUGGAUACUAAGACAAAAUGGUCAUGUUGGGCUACUUGGAUUUCCCUUAGCCAGAUGCAGGUGGCUAGGGAGGGGAUAAAAGACAUGACAAGUAUAUGGGGAAUGCUUCCAUAGCACAUUUCCUAAUCAGUGUACUGGGAAAUUCUUGAAUUGGAUUGUCUGUAUUGUUAUGCUUAAUAGCAAGAAGUGAUCAAUAGCAAAAGCUUACCUUUCCUUAAACCAUAAUCAUUUAAACAUUGGGAUUUUGGCAUAGUCGUUGGCAAUUAUAGCCUUCUGUGCAAAGCUGAGUUGUGGAAUGGUGUGUGCCUUUUGACAGGAGGAGUUGUCCUUCUUGACUUUUGCAAACUCUGAGAAAUUACAGUAAGAUGUUUUCUGAAAGUCACAGUUCUGGAGAUAAGAACAGAGAAAUAGAAAAUUGGUUUUCUCAUGAUGUUCACUUUGAAGGACUGUUCAACAAUACUGAAAACUUCCGUGAGAAUACCAGGAUUCAUCGUGUUGUCCUGAAGAUAACUUAAAUGCUUCAACACUUUCAGGAAGCUCCUGUUGGUUCAUUUUUAUAAACAUAAUUCCCAGCAAGGCUGCUUUUUAUUAUUGUUAAGUUAUUCUCCCUAUUUCUCUUCCCUGUCCCACUAUUCUGUCAAAUGUUAAAGCUUUAAGGUAAUAAAAAUGCCUAUGGUAACUAA